AUGCCCAAGUACCUUAACAUAAACGAUGUGACUGACGCGGAUUACAUACUCAUCUCUCACGCACACUUUGACCAUCUGCCUGGAGCCGACAGAAUUGCCAAGCAGACAGGAGCUAUCAUCAUCGCAAACUGCGAAGCCAUCAAUCGCCUUCGCGAUGCCGGCGUUCCAGAGGAGCAACUUGUCCCUGUCGCUGGAGGUGAACGGGUCCCUCUGUUUACUAAAGCUGUACGCGCUGCAGCCAAGGCAGGAGAAGUAGCUCUACGCGGAGGUCCUCCAGGUGCACCCCAAGAACCUCAUCAUACACUUGCUACUGCCGAGCUCCAUAUCUGGCCAAGCCUUCACUGUCUCAUCCCUGGCGAUCACUCCACGUUGCCGGACAUUUUCGACUCCGGGGCUGAAUACAUAGGCGGUAAUACGCCAUUUGACAGUACCUUGGAUAUUACCCGAGGAAUGGAAUACGGGAUAUUUCGCAUGAAGGAACUCAUAGGAAAGAGCAAUAUGGAUGAUAAGACUGCAUCCUUUACGAGAUGGAUCGAAGACAAAAAAACGAAUGUCAUGUCCGCUUGCGAUGGGGGGCAACUGAUGUUCAACAUCCUCCUCGGAGAGAAGGGUGGAGAAAGUAUGAACAUUUUGUUCAAUGCGCAUCUGGGCGCAUAUGAGGGAAUCGUUAAGUGCAUUGACCCCAAGCCAGAUGUCGCGGUGCUUGGAAUCGCAGGCCGCGCCAAUCUCAACGGUAGGCCUUGGGAUGGAUCCGCGGCGACGUUUGCGACGAACCUGGUCAAAUGGAUGGGGAUGCCGGAGAAAGUCAUUUGGUGCUUGCAUGACGAGUGUCUCAUUAAACCCUAUGAGGUUGAUACGAGAGCUGCGACAGAAUUAGUGGAGAAAGAAACCGAGUCCAAGGUGGUGGACCUCCCUCAUGGCUUGCCAUAUGAAUUGUUCUCUAGUUGA